CUAUGAACAAUCUGACAUCGAGAACAAGCCAAUGAUUUAUAAAUUGAAAAUGGCGUCGUUUAUCCGACCAAAUGAAUCAAAGAAUUUAUUUUUCAAUUGAUUUCAUGCGACAUUGCGCUAUAAUUACACAGAACGUUUAUAUUAAACCACUAUUGUUUGUAAAAAAAAGUGUUUACAUCGUUUUAAGUGAUUGUAUAAAGUGUUUAAAACGCACGAAAGCGGUAUGGAUUCAUAUGUUAUGUUGAAUUGAUAACAGCGGUGUUUACAUGAAUUCGGAGCGGGUUUGCUGGUUAAGAUGCUGCCGACAGUGGAGGAGGCGAGAGGGUACGACUUUCAGGACCCGGAAAACGCUGAGAAAUGGCAUGGAUUGUUCGUAAACUCUCUCAGAAAGGUGUUGGAGCAAGUUCAUCCUACAUUAAAUGCAGAGGAAAAUGCUCUUGAAUAUGUCGAGUCACUCUGCCUCCGUCUACUGGCGAUGCUGUGCGCGGUGCCCACUCCUCUCACAGUACAGGACGUGGAAGAACGCGUGGCGCGAACGUUCCCUACUCCCUUGGAUAAGUGGGCGCUGGCUGACGCGCGCGAUGCUGCAGCUUCGCGGCGUAGGCGCGCACUGCUGCCCCUGGACCGGCUGCAUCAUAUGCUGCAGAAGGAGGUACUCCUAUACAAAAUCGACGUAUCCGUGUCAAUAUUCAUGAGCGCCAUACUGGAGUACGUAAGCGCCGACAUUCUAAAGCUGGCCGGGAACUUUGUGAAGAAGAUUUCGCAGAAGUCAGGAUACGAGACCAUCACUUGCCGGGAUAUUAAGACUGCCAUGUGCGCUGACAAGGUGCUCAUGGACAUGUUCUACCAAGAAUCAGAGCUGGCGGCAACAGACAAUUCGACCACCGGCACGGAGAGGCGAGGGCGACGCGGCUCGCUCUCUUACGCGGAGCUUGUCCGAGAUCUACUCACCGACGAGAAGAACUUCCUCCGCGACCUGCACCUCAUCAUCAGGGUGUUCAAGGAUGAACUGGAGAAGAUCUUGGAUAGGGAUAGUAGGGCGAUAUCGCUGAUAUUCGGCAACAUAGUGGACAUAUAUGAGCUGACGGUGACGCUGCUCGGGAACCUGGAGGACGCCAUGGAGAUGUCUCAGGACUCGCCCACGCCAUACAUCGGCAGCUGUUUUGAAGAUUUGGCAGAGGUGGAAGAGUUCCGAGCGUAUGUACGCUACGCGAAUAUAGUCACCAGAAAGGAAUCCAAGGAAGCGUUACAAAAUAUCGUGGACGACCCUGUGUUGUCGGAGCGGCUGGACACGGCGGGGCACGGGUUCCGGCUGGCGGUGAAGUACUACCUGCCGAAGCUGCUGCUGGCGCCGGUGGCGCACGUGUUCCUCUACCACAACUACGUGCUGGCGCUGCUGCAGAUCGCGCCCGCCUCCGACGACCGGGAGAGCUUCAAACAGGUUGAAUGUAAUCUCCAUCCCAUAAAGAAAUUGUUAAUUAAAGCAUUAGGAAACGCACCAAAGAUGGACGCGACGUUGCGAAUGGCGAGCAAAACGCGACGACAACUAGCGAUAGAGAAGUGCAACGAGCUCGCGCGGAUAGUCGAGAACUGGGACAAUAGGGACAUAGCGCAGUGUUGCAACGAGUUCAUUAGAGAGAACACAUUGUCCAAAGUGGGCCCCGGUAAGAGGAUAGCGGAGAGGCGCGCGUAUCUCUUCGACGGGCUGCUGUUGUUGUGCAAACCUAUCACUAGUUUGGUGGGUGUAAACAGCGGGGGCGGCGGAGGGGGCUCGGGUGGGUCGCAACAACUCAAACUGAAGGAGAAACUGCACGUUAGGAAAUUAGAACUAGUCGAUAGACCAGACACAGACGAGGGCCGGCACCUGGUGGAGUUGUGGCCGCGCGAGGGUCCGGCGGUGGUGCUCGCGUGCGGCUCCUGCGCCGAGAAGUGGAACUGGAUGUGCGACCUCGUAAUGCUCAACACUAAGCCGAUGUUGGACAGGACGCUCGACAGCAUCCUGUUGGACUUAGAGAAACGGCAUCCGUUGAAAUUACCUCCGGUGUCGUUGUACCGGUUCGCGGUACCGGACUCGCCAGAUAACAUAGUGUUGGAAGACCACAACUCUAGCGCACGGCAUCAGGGGAACGCGUCCGUCCCUUUAAUUAAGGGCGCAACACUACUGAAACUAGUCGAACGGCUGACGUACCACAUAUACGCGGAUCUGAACCUGGUGCGCACGUUCCUCACCACGUACAGAUCGUUCUGCUCGCCCUCCGAGCUGCUGGACUUGCUCAUAGAGAGGUUCCACAUACCGGAGCCGAGCGAGGUGUACGACACGCCGCGGACCGCAGAAAGUAUAGAGAGUGUGGCGAGUAGCGACGCGGAGAAACUGAGCAAAAAUACCGCGAGGGAAGACUGGAAGAGGUACAGAAAGGAAUUUCAGCAGCCUGUCAAAUUUAGGGUAAUAAAUGUGAUACGACAUUGGGUGGACCAGCACUUCUACGAUUUUGAACGGGAGCCCGCGUUGCUGGCCAGGCUCAGAGAAUUCCUCGAGUCUGUGGACGGGAAACCGAUGAGGAAGUGGGUUCAAAGCGUGCUCAAGACUUUGCAGAGAAAGAGCGGUCAGAGUGUGGAGCUGGAGUGCAGCGGCGGCGGCGGCGUGCUGGCGGGCGUCUCGCACGUGUUCGACCGCGCGCCGCCCGCCGUGCUGCGCCACGUCGCCGACCCCGAGCGCCACGGCUGGCAUCCGCUCGCGCUGCACCCGCUAGAGCUCGCGCGACAACUCACGCUGCUCGAGUUCCAGCUCUACAGACAGGUGAAGCCGUCAGAGUUGGUGGGUGCCGUGUGGACGAAAAAAGACAAGGAAAAAACGAGUCCAAAUCUGCUCAGGAUAAUAAAACACACGACGAAUUUCACGAGAUGGAUGGAGAAAUGGAUAGUGGAGAGCGAGAAUCUAGAGGAGAGAGUCGGCGUCGUGUGCCGGUUCCUGGAGGUGGCUGUGGGUCUGCUGGACCUCAACAACUUUAACGGCGUGCUUGGAGUCGUGGCGGCGUGCGGGUCUGCCUCCGUGCACCGACUGAGAGCUACAUUCCAGAUGGUGCCACUUCGACUGGUCAGAGCUUUGGAAGAGUUCCGAGAGUUGAACUCUGAUCACUUCCGAAGGUAUCAGGAAAGGUUGCGAAGUAUAAACCCACCGUGCGUGCCCUUCUUCGGCAUGUAUCUCACGAACAUAUUGCAUAUAGAGGAAGGGAAUCUUGAUUAUCUUCAAAACUCGGAGCUGAUAAACUUUUCCAAGCGGCGGAAAGUGGCGGAAAUCACCGGCGAGAUACAACAGUAUCAGAAUCAACCUUACUGUCUCACUGUUGAGCCUAGGACUAGGGCGUUCCUGGAGUCCCUGGAUCCGUUCCCCGGAAAAGACGAUAACGAGAUCACGAAUUAUCUAUACGCUAAAAGUCUAGAAAUCGAACCCAGACCGCCUGUCAAACAGAUGCCUAAGUUUCCACGGAAGUACCCCGAACUGUCUCUAAAGCAAGUGAAAGCCUCCCGGCGGACGCACCACGACCAAACCAUCCACCAGUCUACCUCCAGCAACGACGAUAACCUCAGUGUAUCUCAGUUGUCGCCCACAAGUGGCAGUACGUGGGACGGCACGUCGGUCGCUUCGCUGCCAAUACACCACGACGAGCAUAGAGUGCAUGGUGCAGGGCGCGGCGAGGAGCGCGGCGGCGUGGUGAGCCCGCGCCUGGAGCAGCGCUCGCUGGGGCAGCUGGCGCACCUCAGCCAGCUCAGCCAGAUCAGCCUCUUCGACAAGAAGCUCGCGCUCUUCGAGAAAUCCAAGCACAAAAAUAAUGUACGCGACGAACCUCCAUCUCCUAGGGACAGGCAUUCGCCCAGACAUGACCGACAACCGCCAUGCACGGAGCGUAAGCCGCAAGCGUUGUCGCCGCGCGGCGCCAUCGUGGACGCUGAGCACUUCUACACCAGCCGGCCCAGCCUCGACCUGCUCGGCAACAAGAAGCAGGAACAGUGUGUGCAGGAGCGCGUGCCGCCGCUGUUGCCGCGGUCGCUGAGCAGCGUGUCGGGCGGGGGCGGGUGCGGGGCGGCGGGCGCGGGCUCGGCGAGCACGUUGCCGCGCGACGAGCGCCCGCCCGUGCUGCCGCGCCGCCCCACCAGCCCGCACCACAACCACAACCACAACCAUAACCACGCAGCAUCAUCAGUGUCGGAGCAGCCGCCGGAGCCGCCGGAUCGACCCCUGCCGAGUCCUAAACACCACGACCUGUUUAAAAUGCCUGCCAUGUCGCCAAAAAGAUCUCCGGCGCCCCAACCGCCACCCAGUCCUCUAGUACCACCUGAAAGAGCGAGUGCGUUCAGUUUCCCGAGUCGAGGCGCGCCGACGCCUUCGCCUCCCGCACCGCCGCUUACACCACACCACCCGUCGCUAUCGUGCGGCACCCCACCUCCGCUGCCGCCGCGGCGUCGCCGAGACUCGCCCGCGCCUCCCACGCCCGUACACGGGCCGUCGGCGGGAGGUACGUCGCCGCCGCUGGCGGGCUCGUCGCCGGCGUGCGCGGCGCCGCCCCCUCCCCCGCUGCCGCCGCGGCCCCCCGCCGCGCCCGAGCUGCUCCGCCCCGCCCACUCUACCAUACUGCAGAGGCGGCAUCACAAUAAUACUGCGCUGGCGCCGCGCCUGCCGCCGAAGCCGCCGCCGGCGGGCGUGUCGCGCACCUAGCGCCGCGCCCCGCCGCCACCCCCCGCCGCACACCCCGCACACGGAGGGACCACUGCCGGCGACUCGACUCUGCUCUAACUGACCAUCACUACACGCUCUACUCCAUAUUACAGCUGGUUCAAUGUUUACAGCAUCCUGUAUGUGUAUUCGAUUGUUAUUCGACACGAGUACGUGCUGAUUGUGAUAGAUAAUGUGGUAUUAUGACGGUUUUAUGAUUUGGACUUUCAAUUUUGUAAAAAUCAUGGGAAUUAUAAAUUUCUUGCUAUGUUGUUGAAUUUUGUAUCUAAUUUGUAUCUGUACUUUUUUGUACGCCGCCUUAAUGAAAUAAUGAACCAUAAAAGGCCGUAAGGUAUACCAAUUUUUUUGAGCAUAAAUAUCAUGUUGAUUCAAGGAGCCGGGUGUAUCUCAAGGUUACCUGUAAUACAAUAUAAACUAAAAUUUAGGGGAGAAAACAUACUAAUUAUAAUAUUUGAAACUCAACAUUAUAUAGUUUGAUAUACAGCUGAAGUAAAAUCGAAGUUUGUUCACUGUAAUUUUAUGAUGUUUUUAAAAAUGUUCUGACUUGUCACAGCAACUAACAGAAAUUAUUAAUUAUAUCGUCAUGUUUUUGCGGUUAUACAAUAUAACUAAGCUAUUAUCUCUCAAUACUUACAGAAGCAUGCUACUUUCAGUCUAUAGUCAGUUCGCAUUAUCUCUUUGUUCAUGGGGCGUGGCUGUCAGCGAAGACUUAAUAUGUAUGGAGAACGAAUUAUAAUAGCAAACAAGCAUGCUUUUAUAGCAUGAUUAUUCCAGGCUUUAUGAGAAACGUGAGAGUUGACUGUUUCACCAUGACGAAGUAUGUCCAUAAUAUAACCCGACUAAAUAAAAAACACGCUGUCAUCAACUCACAAAGUAGUCGAUUUAUUUUUUAAUUUAGCUAUGUAUAUUUGCAGGAUCGAAAUCAGUCCUAUUUUGUUGUAUGACUAAAUGACGAGACGAAAUGCUUGGCUGAUGGUAAGUGCCUGCAUGUAAAUAAUAGCAACACCAGAAAUUAAAAACUUUAAAGUAUUUUAAUUCAAUGUUCUGAUAUUGCUAUUGGUUAUGGGCAGGCGCAAGUCAUUGGUGACAGCACGGUUCGUCACUCAGUUAUAUAAAAAACUUUGACAUGGUGGAAUAGUUUAUGUAUUAUUGCAUUGUAAAUAUGUAGUGCUUAGUGAAUGAGUGUUCGUCGGGCGGUAGAGGGGAAAUUCACCCCCUUAUUAGAGAGGGGAUAGCCUCAUGCCGUCGACAUCGUUGUAUAAAGUUUAAUUAAGUAGCUUGUAUACUUUGUCGUUUGGCAACAUCAUUGCAACAAACGGUGUUGCCAAGACAAACAGCUUGGAUGUGAAUGUUGGAUGAAGAAAGAAUAAAAAAAAGUUAUGUACAUUGUAUUUUUUGUAAUAAUUGAUACUGUUUGUAGCUGAUGUAAAAAAUAAUCGUGGGUAACUGACGUCAGUUAAGACUGCGUUGACGUCGAUUUUGAUCAGUCAAUUUUGACGAAAAUAAUUUGUAUAUUGUCAGCUUACACUCGCCAGCAGUAUUGUGUAGUUUGCUUUAAAGUGAAACAAGACUGCAUUACAGCGUCAGAUCUCUACGUAGCCUGACGUCAGCGACCCGCCUAAUGUAAUUACGUGUUAAAAAUGUAAAAUCAAAUGUAAUCCAGUAAUAAAUGUCGACCAUGGCCCAUUGCUUACACGGAUCAACAGACAUGGGUUGAAUAUACGUUAUUUUUAUCUAAAAUAAGAUUUUAUAGGGAAUAUCCAAUUGUAAAAAAAUAUUUGUUACGUAGUUUCAAAUGUAAUUUCGUCAAAUUUAUAUAGAAAAAUUUAAAGCAUUUUUAUGAGGUUUUUUUUUAUUCCUGAACGACUCAAACUAAACCAUUAGCUUUGAAGCCUUAAAUUUAAAAUAUAUAAGUCGAUAUCUAAAGCAUGCGCGUCUAACACGAUAACAUGUUGUUUGUGUAGUAUCUGAAUGAAAGCAUAUUGUGUAAUACUGUAUUAGUGUGAGAACUGAACGUACCAGCUUCAGUUGCGCUAUACCUUCAACGAUAAACAAUUUUUAAAUAACGCUUUAUUAUCUGAAGUUAUUCAUUAUUGGUAUUGCUAUUGUUUUCAGAGUUACUCCAGUGAUUAAGUGAUAGACGUACGCUAUAAAUGACUAAUCUGUGUUAUGAGUCGUUAGGGAAAAGUCAGGUAUUUAAAUUAUUAGUCACGUUUGAAAUUUUAUUUGUUACACGCCAAAAUGAAUUAUUUUUUUGAUGUGAUAUAUUUGUGUUAUUGCAAUUGUUUUAUGAAUCAAUGCAUAUUCCUUAUAAAAUAUAUAUAAAGAUCCAGUUUAAAAUAAGCAUCGGCAUAUCUUGGCGUCGAAUAUGGACCGAAAAUAAAUGUGUGCAUUGUCACUGAGGUCAACAAUUGACAAUGCACACAGUGUACACCACGGUCGAGUCACCAACACGGCGACCAAGUUACGUGCCAGUACUUAUACCAACUCGCGUCUGGUGAUCUUUAGGCCCCGUAUUCACUUGGCAACAUUACACGCAUUUUGCAGUGUAUGUUUAGCAACGUUGCACCAGUAUGUUGGUCAACAUGACGCUCAACGUUGCCCAACAUUCCACAUGGUGCCAAGUGAAUAGCGGCUUUAUGUUAAAAUGUAUAAGAGCUAUAUUGUAAAUUAAUGUUUUGUUAGUUUUUACGUUACGUAAGAGUGCUUCGACAUUGACUACAGUGUAGUGUUAACGAGUGUAAAUAUGUACUCAACAGGUAUAUAUAGCGCGAUGUAUCAAGUU